AUGAAAGUAGUAUUUUAUGAAAUAUAAAAAUAGAUAAGGGCAUUUUUAGAAUAUUUUAUUGACAUUUUUAUUUUCUAAUUUAAGUAUGGAAAGAUAAUGGUUCAAUUUUCUUAAAAUAUAUUUUAACUUACAAAUCUUAAGGAUAGUGAAAAAUGA